UGGCAGUUCCUGCUGGAGCUGCUGUCAGACAGCGCCAACGUGGGCUGCAUCGCCUGGGAGGGGGCGGACGGCGAGUUCAAGAUGACCGACCCAGACGAGGUGGCACGACGCUGGGGCCGGCGCAAGUCCAAGCCCAACAUGAACUACGACAAGCUGAGCCGGGCGCUGCGCUACUACUAUGACAAGAGCAUCAUGACCAAGGUCCACGGCAAGCGCUACGCCUACAAGUUCGACUUCCGGGGCCUCAGCCAGACCCACCAGGCUGACCCUGGUGCCUACCGAGCCCCCGCUCCAGCCCUGCCCUGCCUGGGGCCCUGCCAUGCGCAGCCCAAGGCAGGCUUUGGCCUAGCGCCUGGCCCUGGGGUAGCCCCCAGCUUCUUCACCAGCCCCUACUGGGGGGGUGGGGGGCUCUACCAGAGCCCCGGGGGCUACCUCAACUCCACCUUUUAGGUUGGCGGGGCCGCCGGGGGCAACUUGAGGCAGGCUUCGGCCUAGCGCCACCUUCUACAAUGACCUGGGACACGGGGUGGCCCCUGGACUCCUCUUUCUAGCCCUGGAACCAAGGGGACCCUACAAAAUGAAGACAGGGUUUGAGGCCUACUGUGGCCAACUCUAGGCAGGCUUUGGCUUAGCACGCACCUUGGGGGCUGCUUCAGCUCCACCCACUAGGCCAGCAGGGCUUGGGGUGCAGGGUGCCAUGGCCUGGGGCUGCUCCCUGGACUCUUCUUUCUAGCCCCAGCACCAAAGGGUCUCUACAAGAUGCAGGCCAAGGGUUUGAGGCCUACCACGGCCAACUCUAGACAGGCUCCAGCCGAGUGGCUGCUUUGGCAACUACUUCACCACCACCUUCUAGGCCAGCAGGGCCUGUGAAUGCUGUCCUGGACUCCUCUGUCUACCUGUAGCACCUAGGGAACUCUACAAGGUGAUGGCUGCAGCCUUGACCUAUUAGGGGGCCUACCACAGCCAACUCUAGGCAGGUUUUGGACUAGCACUCACCUUGGGGGUUGCUGCAGCUCCUCCUCCUAGGCCAGUGGGCGCCCCUGGGAUGCUUCUGGCUCUGACUCCUGGGGGACCGCCUGGUGAAGUCUGAGGUCUUGCCCUAUUCUGAGACCAACCAAGGCAAACUCUAGGCAGACUUCAGCCUGGCACCGGACUCCGCCCAAUAGCCCCCAGCUUCUCCUGACAGGCACCUGGGAUCCUGACCAUGGCAGGGAGAGACAUGAGGCUGCCUGUUGCCAAUGAGCUCAAGCACCUGUUGCCUGGAGACACCUGUAGGCACUUUGCCCAACGGAGACCGCCUGUUGCCCACGGACAUCCAUAGGAACCUGUUGCCAAUGAAAACUGUUGCCCACAGGUACCACCUGUUGCCUAUGGAGACACCUGUAGGCAUGUAUUGUUUAUGGAAGCUGCUUGUUACCCAUAGCUACCAUCAGUUGCCCACAGAGAUGCCCAAGGGCACCUGUUGCCUAUGGAGACUGCCUGUUGCCAAUAUACAGACUUGCCUGCUCACCUGGGACACACUUCUCCCCCAUGAACACUGCCUGUUGCUCCCAGCUACCUGUUGCCCAUCACUCACCAUGGCCAGCGUGCACUGGUUGCUGAGGACAACUGUCUCUCAUGGACACCACCUAUUUCCAUGGCUACUGAGGCGGGAGGCAGGCAGGGAUGGGGUAUUAAGAACCCCCACCUCCAACAGUAGCAACCCCACAUGACAGCAACUGUCUACUCCUUCCCCCCAUGCUUCUAUCCUACCCCCUGGAUUAAAGGUUAAGACCUCACAGCUGAUGGCAUCAACAGGAAGUAAGAUAUGGUGGGGGGCAGGGAUUGCUCUGAGCCUUUCAGCUAUGAUGGAGGACAUGGGAGUGCAGAUGCUUGGGUUUUCUUUUCUCCACCUUGGUUGUGGGGGGAGGAACUGACGCCUGGGUUCUCCAGCCAGGGCCAGCCUCCAUUUAGGGGUCACUGGAAGCUGGGGGGGGUCUGUAAUACACCCCCUAUGAAGCAACUACUUCCCCCACAAACACAACUGCACAGGAGGUGGA